UUGUUUACAAAAGCAUAAUUUCUAAAAUAACAAUAAUAAUAGGAUAUGAAAAACUUCGACGAUUUGAAUAACGAUAAGAGCUUGUUUUUGACGCAGUCUUACCUGAGGAAGGGCGGACUUUAUCAGAAACAGCUACAGUAUCAAUAGCAAAUGGAAUAAGAGAAUAGGAUUGCUCGCGAAUAGCUGGAAUAGCAGAAGAAAUACAUAGAAGAAAAAGAGUAAAUUGAAUUGGAUGUAUCGCGACCUAUUUAGAUGAACGAUGAACUGAUUUAUUUAGCACAAACAAUAAAAAAUAGCGAUUCUGCUGAUAAAAAUUCAGGAAUUAAUAAUUUGAUAAACAAUAGAAAAAUAGCUAAGAGCUUUUCGAUUAUUUCGCCGAAACCGCAAACUCAUUCAGAUUUGCAGGUCAACAUAUAAAUAAACGGAGAGGCUUCGAUUAAAUCGCAAUAUCCAAAUUCAAAUAUUGAUUUGGAUUUAGACAAAAAGAAAGUAAAUACAGAGAUACAACUUGCUGAUUAGGAUGAUAACCUUAUCGACACAAACAGACUAUUAGAUUUAUAAAUUAAUAAUAUGGAUAAGAGCAAGCACGCGAAUGGCAACUGUUCAGUGCAGACUGCUUAUUUUAAAGAUAAAAAUUCUAUGAGUAUCAAUCACAAUUAGCCUUCAAGCUUCUUUCCAAAUACAAAUAAUAGGCUGGAGGUUGGACAAAUUAACUAGAUAUCUCGUUUCGGCUUGUCGCAGAACAACAUCAAUUUGGUUAAAUCUGAAAUUGACGAUUACGAGGACUGCGACGAUACUAUCGAUGAGACAGGAGAGUUUACUAAAGCAGAAGUUACCAAAUACCAAUUUAGAACAAGAGAGCCUUAGCUUAGAAUGAAAAAGGAGCAAAUUUUUAAUAAACCAAGUCACAAAGGAAGUUAUAACGCGGCGUCAUUUUGCAACAACCAUAUAAAUCAAACGUUUGCCUCUAAUCGGAAUGGCUCGUGUGAGCAACUUCCGAAUUCAAGUCGUAGAAGAUUUCUCUCUAACCACUAAGGAGGUGCCAUUAGUGGCUAAAAUUUAUAGUAAUAAAAUCAAAGCAAAGAAUUUAGCUAUGAUUUAACUUCUUCGAGAGCUAAAUAAAAUAACAAUAAGGAUUAAAAUAACUCGCAGCUUGUGCCUUAUUCAUUUAUGCAGUCUCACGGCAUACAAGAUACAAGUCACAAUUCUACUUCCGAUGUACUAUCUUAACAAUAAUAAAUUGACAAUAUCACUUAAAAUUUGAUUGACAAACAUAUUCCCAGUAGUAAAGAAAACAUUUUAUAUAAUUAGCAGCAGGACUACUUGAUCAUCUUAAGCAACGCCUCAAUUGAAUCUGAUUCCCACUCUCCCUAGCAAACUCAAAGAGACGACAAAAAACAAUUACCUCAAACAUUUCUACCUAUCUUGGAAGAAAACAUCCUUGAAACUAACCGUAGCACUCUAAACAGCUUCAACAAAAUUGAAAAAAAAAUUAAUGAAACCCAGCUCAUCAACAGUUUCCAUCUCAAAAAUAAAAACGGAAUUCCCAAUAAAACCAAAUCUGAAUUCAACAACAACAACAAAAAUCAUUUCAAACACAACGAAUUUCAUAAAAAUACCUUUACUAUGACAGAAGAGUUCGACGAGACCUUCGAAAAAGAAAAAAUCACAAAGCACUAAUUUGAAGUCCUGUCUCCGAAUCUCUCCCUAAAGAGUAAGUAAAUUUUUAAUCCCUCAAGCAAAAAAGGAAGCACAAAUUCUUCAUUUUCCAUUAACAACAACAACAAUAAUUGCAAUUACGUCAACUUCGUAGACCACUCCAACCAUUAAAUUUAAUUAUUUUCACCCAAAAACUCAGAUGGCAACUUGAAAUCAGUUUCAUCUUGUUAUAAUCCAACAUAAAAUAUACUACAAUAUACCUACACUAAAGACUAAAUUGAUAAAUUAAUUACUCAAUAAUCCAAAUCUAAAUAUAAAGGCCAAUAAUCUGAAUAACAACAAUAAUAAUAAGUCUUAACCUUUUCCACCAAACAAUCUCACGAAACUACUAACUACCCCUCAGCAUCAACUAAUUUUAUCUCUAAAACACCAUAAAUUUUAAACUAUCCCUAACAACAACCACAACAACAAUAACAACAAAUUUAACAACCAUCUUUAAAAAAUUUAUAAAUAUAAAACCAAAAAAAAAAUAAUAAAAUUGAAUGA